AUGGGUGUGCUCUGCAUGGCCGUCCACGUGCCCGCGGGGGAGGCGGGACGCGUGGUCAUCGUGACGGGGGGUGACGAUCAAGCCAUCUGCGUCGCCGAGCUCGAAGUGGUGGUGGUGUUGGACGACGGUCGCUGUUCCCCGACGACAAGAAUAGCGUCAGACCGGGGGCCCUCGUCUUCUCAGGGGUCGCGAGGGCAGGGAGGGGGCGAGGUGCCAGCGAGAGAGAGACGAUCUGCCGUAAGGCUUGUCGCGGGCUCGCCUCAAGUAUUCGAGGGGGCCGCGGGGUCAGCGAUCAAGGGGAUGCAACUGCUGCCCGUCGACCCCCCUUCUCCUCCGAAUCCUCCCUUCAGACUUCCGGGACCAUCUACGGAAUCUCCGACAACAAUGCAAUCUCCGACUCCUUCGGCUGGCAUCCACGACGACGACGCUGCUGUCGCACCGCCGCCUUCUUCGCGGUCGGCUAAUUUUUCUUUCUCUUCCACGACCCCCGCCGUAGAGCCGGGUGUGGGGGCGGGGGCCGGGCCGCCGUGCUCGCUGUCCUUGUUCACCGUCGCCCGCGACCAGAGGCUGUCGCGUUGGGACCUCGUGAAGGACAGCAGUAGCAGCGGCAGCAGCAGCAGCAGCAGCAGCUUCGGAAGCGGUGGUGAUUGGUCGCCGUCGUCGUCGGAGCAACAGCAGCAGCCCGCGACCACCCCCGCGGGCACGAGCGACCGGCGAGCAACGUCUGAGCCUACUACUCCCCGUCGUCGCGAUGAUGAUGAUGAUGAUGAUGAUGAUGAUGAUGAUGAUGGCGGUGCGGUUGGCGGCUCGAGCUGCAGCCCAUCAGGCAGCGGCAAUGAUGAUCGUGACCCCCUGCGAACGAGGCGGCGGCGGCCGGUGGUGUCGUCGUUGUCGCAGGAAGGUGACGGCAGCGACGAUGACGACGGCUCGGGAGAGUCGGAGGAGCGGGAGGAGGAGGAGGGGGCGAGUCGGCAAGGUCAAAAGGGGGCGGCGGAGCGGCGGUGGCGGCUGCGGUGGCGGGCCGGGUGCGUGACCGACGUGUGCGACGUCAGCGGCCUCGACGUCGCCCCUCUCUCUCCUCGUGAACCACAACAUCGGCAGCAUGCAGCCGGUGAAGCCACCCUCGGCGGCCGUAGUAGUAGUAGUAGUAGCUCCAAGCAGCGCGCUCCUGGCGGCGGUGGUAGCGGCGACCGUGCAUCAUCGCCGUGUCACCGUCACCGCACCGUCGCCAGGCUCCUCCGAAAAGAAGGGGAGGGGGGAGAAACGGCGGAAAAUGCUUGCGGCGGAGUCCCGAGCAGCGAAGCAGAGGAUUGGACGAGGGGGGAAGCGUUCGGCGCUCCCGCGGCUAUCGUAGCCGUUUCCGGGCAAGGUCUGCAGCUCGUCGUAUUCGGCGCGUGUUAG